GGAAGUGACCUCCUGCCGGUCCGGUGACGUCACGGGUUCGUUCAUAGAGGAGCGCGUGAGAGCAACCCCUGGACUACUUUCAAGGAUUUCCUGUUUACUUUUUAAUGGUCUCUGGGUCGAAGUUGAUUCGUGUGACACCGCAGCAGCGAUCCGGGGCAACGACAUGUCGGGGGAACCAAGUUCUGCGGACGCCAGCGGCGAGGUGCGGCGAGUCAUCCGGGUCGGAACGCGCAAGAGCCAGCUGGCUCGCAUCCAGACGGACAGCGUGGUGGAGAAGCUGAAGGAGCUCUACCCCCACCUCGCCCUGGAGAUAGUUGGCAUGACAACGAUCGGAGACAACAUCCUCGACAGGGCGUUAUCAAAGAUUGGAGAGAAGAGCUUGUUCACCAAGGAGCUGGAGAACGCUCUGGAGAAGAACGAGGUUGACCUGGUGGUCCACUCCCUGAAGGACCUCCCCACCACGCUGCCGUCUGGGUUCACCAUCGGCGCCGUGCUGAAGAGGGAAAACCCCCAUGAUGCCGUAGUUCUUCACCCCAAACAUCUGGGGAGAACUCUGGAGACCCUCCCGGAGAGCAGCGUGAUCGGCACCAGCUCGCUGCGCCGCGCCGCCCAGCUGAAGAAGAGGUUCCCCCAGCUGCUCUUCAAAGACAUCCGAGGGAACCUGAACACGCGUCUGAAGAAGCUGGACGAGAAGGACGACUACGCCGCCAUCGUCCUGGCCGCCGCCGGCCUCAGGAGGAUGGGCUGGGACGACCGGAUCGGUCAGAUCCUCAGGCCUGAGGACUGCAUGUACGCCGUGGGCCAGGGGGCUCUGGCGGUGGAGGUUCGGGCCAGAGACGCCGACAUCCUGGAGAUGGUGUCGGUCCUCCAUGACCCAGAGACCGUGCUGCGCUGCAUCGCUGAGAGGGCGUUCCUCAGACGGCUGGAGGGCGGGUGCAGCGUCCCGGUGGCCGUACACACUGAAGUGAAGAACUCGCAGCUCUACCUGACGGGGGCCGUGUUCAGCCUGGACGGGUCGGACAGCCUGAAGGACACGAUGCAGACGAGCGUCGCCGCUGACGACAAGAGCUCGGACGCGGUGGACGAGCGGGUCCAGCGGGUCGGCGUCACGGCCUCCGGGGUCCCGGGCGGCGCCCAGGACGGCGCUGAGCGGCUGGGCGAGGACCUGGCCAACCUGCUGCUGAGCAAAGGAGCCAAGGAGAUCCUCACGGUGGCCCGGCAGCUCAACGACGCCAGAUAAUCCGGGGGGGGGCAAAGCAGUCCGACUCGUCCACACGUAGUCUGUCGUUCACGAGGAGGAACACAGGAUAAAUCACUUGACAACUUGAUGACAUUCUUUUAAAAUGUAGCACCAGCAGAACAAACGGGGUGCAGCGAAGACUUUUAAACGUUUCCUCCUCCUCCGAGGUCGUCGUGCCAAAGAGGCGUCGCCUCACUUAGCUGUCGUACAUCGAUGUGUACGCGUUUACUCAGUCCAGACUGAAGACGACAUGUCGGGAGGUUUUCACGGGGGAUUGUUUGAGGUACUUUAGCAGAGACACCAGACUCCAUCCACAAACACACUGAUUCAACCGCUCAGAGCACACGAGUCGGUUGGUUUGAGUUACUGAGAUCACGUUCACCAAAGUCACAACUCAAACUAACUGACCGGCGGACAAUAGACUACUGAACUAGUUCUGAGAGGUCAAAGGAGUCUGGUGUCAUUGAAGCACUGAUCGCAUCUUUAGUUCUCAGUCCUCUGUGUAGUAGUUCAUACCAACACACUUAAAACAUCACACUCAUUUCUUUAACUCUGCUGCAUCUGCUCGGUUUCCUAAAUAUGAAUUUGCAUAAUUUCUACCAUCCAUAUCUUCUAUUUAAGUCUUUUGUCUCAUAAUAUAAGAUAUAGACCUUUUCAUGGUGUACAUUUAAAAUCACAUAAUUAAAUGACAUUUUUCUCAGGUUGUAGUUUAUUUUAUACGGAUAUGGAUGAAUGACUUAUGAGACACUCAUAAUCAGAAAAUACACAAGUCAUCUUUGUAGUUCAUCCAGUUAUUUUACUUUAUUUAAAAUUACAAAGGAACAAAUUAGUUAUAAUGUUUUACUCAUCAUGUCAAUGAGUUUUUCUGCCUUAAAUUGAAAAAAAAUCCUCUUCAUUCUGUGCUGCCAUAUUGUACUACUUUUAUUUUAUAGAUCUUUAUUGUACAUCGUGUUUAAUUUAAACCUCCUGAGACAAAGCGGAAGCGUCGACCUUAUUUGAUUUCAGUUUCAAUGUCAGUUAUGAAUGAACGUAGAAUGUUUCUGACUCCACCUGCGUCUUUGUUUUGCCUCAGAUGUGUCAAAUUAAAACGUAAUGUCAGAAGCGUUAAUAAAGCUCUGUCACAACUC